UGAGCAGGGCUGGAAACUUCAGCGACAGGAAGGAAAUGGGGUGGUUUAUUUCAGUCUCGAGUUUGCUCGUCGGGGCAAGGCUUGCCUCUUCCGCGCGCCGAUAGCAGCCCCUCCACGAACAAUGGGGUCGCGGGGCCCUUCCCGGCAGGAAAACGGCUCGUUCCAGUGAAAUCUCCCAGUUGGUGCUGAGUCAGCAGGUCCUGGUGGGACAGAGCGUGGUGCGGAGGGUGCUGGGUUAACCGGCCUGGUGCUGAGCGGGAGCGAAUGCGCUGGGAGGCUGACCGUGCCACGUGCAGGCUCUUGCAUAAGCAACCCCCAUCUCUGGCCAUCCAUCCUGGCGCAGGAGCCGGUUGUUAUCAUGCUGUUCUCGCCUCCCCCGUGAUUUGUAGCUCUGCGAUUUCCCGGGGCAAGAUGCAUCUCCAGGAGAUGGACACCUUCAGCACCAAGAACUUGGCCCUGCAGGCCCAGAAGAAGCUCUUGAGCAAGAUGGCUACCAAGACCAUAGCCAACGUCUUCAUUGAUGACACCAGCAGCGAGAUCUUGGAUGAGCUCUACCGGGCCACCAAGGAGUACACCCACAACCGCAAAGAGGCCCAGAAGAUCAUCAAAAACCUCAUCAAGAUCGUCAUGAAGCUGGGCGUGCUCUACCGCAACGGGCAGUUCAGUCCCGAGGAGCUGCUGGUGAUGGAGCGCUUCCGCAAGAAGGUGCACACCUUAGCUAUGACGGCUGUCAGCUUCCACCAGAUAGACUUCACCUUCGACCGCAGGGUCAUGUCGGGCGUGCUGACAGAGUGCCGGGACCUGCUGCACCAGGCUGUCAACGGGCACCUGACGGCCAAAUCCCACUCCCGCAUCAACCAUGUCUUCAAUCACUUUGCGGACUAUGAGUUCCUCUCGGCUCUCUACGGGCCAUCCGAGCCCUACCGCACCCACCUGAAGAGGAUUUGUGAAGGGGUUAACAAGAUGCUGGAGGAGGACAACAUAUGAAGUUGGCCAAGACGGGCCAUUGGCAGUGACUGCUGGACUCUGCCUCCUGUGAGACCGAGGAUGGGACGUAUGCCUGUUUUGACCACCAUGAGGCUUGUCGUCCUCUUCUCCUCUGUAGUGCUAACUGAUUUUCUCCUCAUUUCUACAAAAGAAUGAACUUCUUGACUUUGUCUAACCCUUGCCCGGGGUCUGCAAACCCUCCCUGCACUGGGCUUGAGUCCUUUCCAGGUGAUCCUGGGCCUCUGGGCUCCUGCUGUACAGUUUGAUUUCCUUUGCCCACCAAGUGCUCUUAGCUUAGAGUCCAAGGAACUGGACUGCUCACCUUGAACUCUAUUGUAACUCUCCCGGGGGAAAACCAAACCAAAGACUCGUGGUGUGUUAACACCUCUAAGCGGGUGGGCAGUUGCUUGGAUGAACGGUUGUGAGACCCUAAGACCAACAGGUCGUGGAGCCCCAUGGUUUGUCUUUCAGCAGCUCCAUGACAUGAUGGGAGCAAACCACGGGCCAGGCUCGUGCUGCCCAGGGUAGGAAGGCUAGCAUGGGCUUUGGCCUCCUGAAAGACAAGUCCUUGACACCAGAAAGAUCCCACCUUGCUGUCCCUUGGGGCUGGAGGGACCCACUCCUUCCCUGCACCCCAGGCACACCCCUUCAUCCAAGACCCAACUCCCCCCACCAGCCUCCCGGGACGGUACCACCGCAGUGGCUCUGAAGCCUUCCUCCGUGGUUGUCCAAAGCUCUCCCUAGGUUUUCAUAUGUUUUACGUGUCCUCGACUGAGUUAUGAUUGUUAUUUUUUAGCAAACUCUGUAGCCCUGAUGAGUUAUUUAAAUAAACUCACCUGUUUGGCC